AUGGGAGGUCCUGUCGAGCAACUUGUCAACGAUUUCGGCAUCCAGUUCAUCCACAGCACUCCAUAUUAUGCUCAGUCCAACGGUCAAGCGGAAGCUAGCAACAAGAUUAUUAUUACCCUAUUAAAGAAGAUGCUGGUAGAAAACCCUCGACAGUGGCACGACACUUUGUAUGAGACAUUCUGGGCUUACCGCACCUCCAAGAGGAAUCUCACUGCUACCACACCCUAUGCACUAAUGUUUGGUCAUGACGCAGUUUUACCUUUGGAAAUCAACGUUCAUUCCUUACGUGUGCAAGAUCAGCACCACUUGAUAGGUGAAGAUUAUGUUCAGGCGAUGUGGCAAGAACACGAAGACUUAAGCGAGCAGCGCUUAGCGGCUUUGGAUAAUUUAGUAAUGGAAAAACAGCAUAUCGCCCGCGCUUAUGAUAAGAGGACACACGGUCGCAGUUACAAAGAGGUAGACCUUGUUUGGAAAGCUGUUCUGCCUUUCGGCGAGAAGUUGACCUGUCGUGGCAAGUGGACUCCACGAUGGGAAGGACCCUUUGUUGUUCACUGCAUUUUGGAACGCGGGGCUUUUCACCUCAAGGAUUUGGAUGGAAAAAUCCAUCGUAAUCCCACCAACGGGCGAUUCCUGAAGAAAUAUUACCCUAGUGUUUGGGAGUUCGAAGAUCCACCUGAUCCACCUUCGUCCCAGACUGGGGGGCAAUCAUAG